UUUUUUCCGGUUAGAAAUUGAUAAAUUAUUUUUUUGUUGUUAGCGGAUGUUGUCAGGUUGUAUUUAAAUGUAAAAAUGGUUGGAUGUCCCUUCUCUAAAAUAAAAAAAAGAAUAAAAGUGCGUGAAGGAAAGGCAAAAAUGCGUAGAUUAAUGGAUGAAAAAAAAAGUUUUUUUCGAUUUAAAAAUAUUUUGCAUGUUUUGGGAUAGAAAUUAAUGUGUGUAUUUAUUUUUAAUAAUGUUUUUGUGUGUGUGGUUAAAACGCGCGCGGAGGUGAUUAAUAUAUAUUAUUUAAUUUAUGAUUAUUUACUCUGGAAAUUUAAGUCGAUGUUUUAUUAAUAUUCUGAUGUGUUGGGGAGAGAAAAUACAGCGUGUAUUUUAUUGUGUUUUUGUUGAUUUCUGGUUUUGUAUUUUUCUGUAUUUUUUGUUUGUGUUUUUAAAUUAAUUCUGAUUUUUGUAUUUUUGUUUUUACAAAUUCUGAUUUUUGUGUUUUCUUUUAUUCUGUUUUUGUAAAUUCUGAUUUUUGUGUUUUCUUUUAUUCUGUUUUUGUAAAUUCUGAUUUGAAUUCUACUGUUGUGUUUUCUUUAGUUUUACAAAUUCUGAUUUAUUGUUUUGUAAAUUCUGAUUUUUUAUUUUAUUUUGUUUUUACAUAUUCUGGUUUUGUAUUUUAAAAAAAAUCUAAUUGUAUUUUUAAUGGGUUGUUUUGUGUUUUCUUUUAUUGUGAUUUUGUAAAUUCCGUUUUGUCGGUCCGCAAAUGUCGCAUUACGCUUUUUAAAAUUUUGAUUUUUGUAUUUUCUUUUGUUUUUACUAAUUCUGAUUUUUGUAUUUCACUUAUCAGUUUUAUAUUUCUGAGUCAUUCCUUUCCGUUUCUUAGUUUGUAUUUUAUCACUAGAUUAUUUUUUAAUAAUUUUGGUUUUGUGUUUUGUUUAAUUCCGCUUUUGUAAAAUUUCUAUUUUGUAUUUUACUUUUUUUUUGAAUGUUUGCUUUUCCUCCCAAAUUUGUAUUUAACACUUUUUUUUAAUUUUUUGAUUUUGAUUUAUUUUUAUGGGGCCGCGCCGUAAUAUGCGCCGAAAUAUCAACCUGUGAAAAAAUUAAGUUCCUGUUGUAUUUUAAAAAGUGUAAGAUGGAAGCGGGAGAGCUAGAAAAAGACGGAUAUACAUUCCAAGGAGGGGAGAUCCAAUCCUUUGAAUGUUCCAGGGAACGAGCCGUCCCGAUUCUCGAAAAUCGGGAAUUUUAUUUUUAUGUCGGCUUGUCCCUGGUAUGUUCCAACAACUGGUAAAUGUUGUUAACAAUUUGGUACCUAUCUGGGGAUAUUUCGGCGCUUUUUCCAAAGUUUGGUAUUUAGGCGGAUUCUGGUAUUAUGUAGAGGUCAGCACGGGACGGGAUCCCGCGCGGGCUUUUGCGGGAGUGCGGGAUUUAUCCCGCAAACGCGAUUUUGCCGAUCUCUAGUAUUAUAGCAUUCUAAUAUUUUUAUAAUUUAUUUUUUGAAUUUAUUUUUCAGAUUUAAAUUGACUAUAUUAUUUUAUAUUGACUUCUAUUUUUAAUUAAAAUUGGACUAUAAAUUCCAUCUAUUCUCAUUUAUGACGACUUCUAGCGCCCACAAUUUUGAAGCGACUACAAGCGCUUUUCUCUUAGGCCAUACGCCAGCUCAACAAAACAAUAAAUAUAAGGCUUAUGCAUCUGCUGUGGAUAAAGCGUUGAAAUCGUUUGAAUCUACUACUGAAUGGGCUGAUUUAAUUGCUGCUUUGGGAAAGUUGGGAAAGGUUUUCUCAUCAAACGCCAAGUCCUUCAACGAUAUCCCAAAUGCGUUGACUGUAUCUAAACGUCUCUCACAAUGCUUACAUCCAGCACUUCCUUCAGGAGUUCAUCUAAAAGCUCUAGAUACAUACCGUCAAGUCUUUUUGAUGUUGAGUCGAACCCAAAAUUUGGCCAAAUAUUUGUUUCUAUAUUUUGCUGGGCUUUUUCCCUUAAUGGACCAUUGUCAAAUUAAAGUCAAAUCAGAAUUGCUUUCAAUAUUCGAACAAUUUAUUUUACCACUCGGCCCAAAUCUUCGUCCAGCACUUGCUGGUUUUAUCACUGCUCUUUUAUUGGCGUUGGAGGAAGGGACUGAAUUCUAUGGACGGGCAUUUAAUCUAUUAGACCAAUUAUUGGAGAAAGUUGGGAGUGAAGCGUUUUACUUGUGUUUUUGGCAGUCAGUUUCUGGCAAUCCUUCAGCUCGUCUUCCUGCUCUAAUCUUUGUUAAUACAAAAAUAGAAAAACACAAAAAAGGCAAAAAUGAUUCAAAUUCUGACGAUAAUUUACUUGCUUCAUUUUGUGGUGGAGGAAAUCAGUCAAACAAUAAUAAUUUAAUGUUACAAGCUUUGUGUAUUGUUGCAGAAGAUUCUUCUUCCUCUCCUUUAGUUCAACGACAUUUGUUGGAUUUUUUGUGUAUGGCUAUCCCCUUAAAUUCUAAAUGGACAAGUAAACAACAAUUGGUGGAUUUGGUGGGAAGAACUCUAUUUUUGGUUUUGAGGAGGGAUAUGAGUUUAAAUAGAAGAUUGUAUCAAUGGUUGUUAAAUCGUUCUAAUGAUAUGGCUUUUGUCAGUCUUCCAGUUAACGGUGUUGAAGAUUCCACAGAUUUGGCUUUUUUCAAACAAUAUGCUUUACCGGUUAUAAAAAGUGCAAUUCGUGAUUAUUUGAGAGCAGAUACUGUUGUGGAGAUUGCCCCACCUUCAAUGGGAACAUUGAGGAGAGAGCCGUUUUUGAAGAAAACCCAAAUCCAAUUCCCUGAGGUUCGUGUUUGCCGUCUCCUCCAUUAUAUGCUAGAUAGACCCGAACUUGGACAACUUGUUUUGGAAGAAAUUUUGCCAAAUUUAUUGGAAACUUUUUGUUUGAGAGAUUUAAAUUUAUUAAAAGAAUUUGGUGGAGAAUGUGAAGCUAUUGACCCUUCUUUUGAAAAUUUUGCUGAAUCGUUUAUUAUUUUUAAAGGAAAUGAAUCUUUUAAUAAUAUUGAUGGAGAUGGUGAUCAACAGACUCGUCGUACAGAAGAAAUACUCAAAAAUUUCAAUUCUCUCUUAAAAGCUUUAGAACCUAAUUUUUUAUGGAAUUUUUUUGAAAAACUCUUUACAAUGAUAAAAACUCAGAAUGAAGUAACAGAAGAAAACGAAUUAAAUAGUAAAUAUUUGCCUUCAUUUUCGUUAGAUAGUGAUUGUCAAUCUCAAAAGAAUCAAUUAUGCGCUCUUUUUCCAGUGAUGAUUCUCUAUUCAUUAAAAAACGUUCAAUUAGAUAUAAACGAAGAUAUCCGUUCAAUCUAUUUACCAAAAUUGUUGAAACACAUACUUGUCGGAAUUGAUUUGUCUUCUUCUUCUCCAUUAAUAAUAGAAAAUAAUUAUGUUGCAAUAAUUAUAGUUUGUCGACAUUUACUAGCUGAAAUUAAUCAAAACAAUGUUUCUAAUGUUUUUGAAUCUUUGCAUAAUAAUAAAGAAGGAGAAAGUAAUAGUGCUAGAUCGUCUCCAAAUAGAACAGAGAAACGAGAAAAAGAAUUGGCUGGAGAACAACAAUGUGUCGAAUCUUCAUUGGAAGCUUGUAUUCAAACUUUUACUUCAAUAUGUAAUUGGUAUAUAAAAAAUCGAGAACGGGAUAGAUGUGGCGUUUUAUUGGCUAUUUGUCUUUUGGUUAGGGAUUUUGCUGAUUUUCCAUUUUAUAGUCUUCAACCAUCUAUGGCUUGUUGUUCUUCUUUGACUGACUCAAUAUAUUCUUCUCAACCAAAAUUUGAAUGGCUUCAUGCCUUAAUUUCUGCAAUUGAUCCAGUUUCAUGGAAAUCCUCUGACUUUUCAAUUGACAAAACUGAUUUUGAUAUUCGUUCAAAACUUUUGGAUUUAAUUUUGUAUUUGACCGUUCGGUCUCUUUCAAUGAUAGAACAACAUUCUGCUGUAGCUGGAAGAAUUCUGAAUAAUAAAAAGGCUGAAAAAGAGUUAAAGACAACAACUACAGUUUUAUUGAGACCUUUUUUGUCAACUAGUGAUUUACAAGAGAUUGACAAAAAUGAACUUUUCAUGAAAUCUGCCUUGGCACUAUGGAAACGUUUCUCAGAAAACACUGAUUUGGAGCGAGUCCAAACUGUUGCCCUUUUACUACUUCAACUUCAUUCACGCAAAAUCAAUGAUUCUAGUAGCGAAGUUGAAGAAAUUAUUGUUUCUGAAUUAACUUGUAAUAACAAAAAUAUUAGUGGUGAAGCUGCGAGAAAAUUUAGAGAUUUAUGGGCGUUUUGUAGGAGUGCACAAAUUGAUGAGGUUUAUACUGGAAUUGCUUUGAAGCCAAUGAAUCGCGUUGUAAUGGUUAUGUUAGGUUUUAUUGCUGAUGAUUCCAUAGGUUUUGAUCAAGUUGAACUUCGUGCUAUCGCCUUCUCAUGGUUUCAGGACUGUGCAAGAAAUAAUGAUCUUCACAAAAUUUUACAAAUGCUUGCUUUAAUGCUUCUUAAUCCAACGACAGCAAGGGUCUCAAUCCAAUUUGUUGAAAUGAGCCAACGUAUAACUCAAGACCAAUUAUCCAUAUUACCCCCAGAAAUAAAUUGUGUUUCUCUUACUACAAUUUCUGGAAGACAUGUAUUUCAUCAUGUUUGUAAAGAUGUUGACAAACAACAACCAAAUACUUAUAUAAAUUGUGAUCCUUUUAAAAAUUCAUGGAUAUCAGGAUUAAAUCAAUUAUUACUUCUUCCAUCAGAUACAAUAAUAACACCAACAACAAGCAUUAAAACGCCAACAAACAAAGAAAUUCAGCAAUUACAACAACAAAAUUUGAAGCAAAAAUUUAUUAUUGAACCAAUAGUAAAUAGAGAUGUUGGAGGAGGAACUACAAAUAAUAAUAACAACAGCACCCCAAUAAACAAUAGUUCUUCAGCUAAUAGAAAAUCACAUCAGCAACAUAAUCGAACAUUGUCAGACAUUCCUCAAUUUGAUAAUGAUGCAGAUUCUGUAGACGAUUCAAUAUCUUUAGAUUGUACAUUUGAUCAUGAAAUUGUUGAUACAGUACAAUAUUUGGUUGAUUCUGUGUGUGGAGAGGAAGAAGAAGGGGAAGAGGUGGUAGGAAAGGAAGGAGGAGAGGAGGAGGAGGAUGUGGAUGAAUUAAAUGAAGCAAUUUUAUUAAAUAAUACAUUUAAUGGAUCCUCAAAUGAUUCAACAACAAUAAUAAAUCAAAAUAAAGAAGAAAUUAAAGAACCUGAUGAAAUUAGUUUAGUGGGCUCGUUAAAAACUUCAGCUGCUACAGCUGCGGCAUUACCUCGAAUUAGUGGAUUUAAUAAUAAUAAUAAUGGAGGUGUUGGUGGAAAUAAUACUUUGGGCAAUGUUGGAGAGUCAAUAAAAAGGAUUAGAACUGGACAUAGAAGACAAGAUUCGCUUCAAGAGUCGAUAUUUAGUACGGGCACACACGAAUUACGUUUAUUUGACCCAACAGAACUCCCCAAUUCAACAUGUCCAGGUGAUUAUAAACAACCAUUACUUGAUGAAACAUAUUCACAUAUGUUAUUUUAUGCUGAAACACCUUCAAUGGUUGAUUUGGGUAGAGCAGAAAGAUUAUUUCAUAUAAUCGGGAUAUUAUUAAAAAGUGGGGAAAGAAUUGGAAAAGAAAUUGUAACGUGUAUGUUAUUUACAAAUGUUAGCAAUUUUACUGGUGAAAAGCAACAACAAACUCAGAAAAAUCAAAAAAAUGUUUCACAACAAUUAAUGGAAAUGAUGUCUAGUCAUUAUAAACAUAUACAAGGUGAAGGUUUUUGGGAAGAAGAAAAUUGUGAUAAAGAACAACAACAUGAAAAUAAAACUACAACAACAACAUCGCAACAACAUAAAAAUCCUACCUUGUUGGAAACUUUUUCGACUAUUCUUCUAUACUAUUUUCGUUCUUAUUAUCUCAAUUCACCAACUAAUCAUGUUUCUGAAGAAGAUUUAGUUGCUUCGUGGAAAUGCAAAAUUUCUGCUUUGGAUUGUUUUUCUGAACUUUUACGAAUAUUAGAAGGAAUUGUUAGAGAUGCUGGUUCAAAAGAAUUUACAACAUUUGUACAACAUGCUUAUAGACAAACAAAAACACAAAAAGUAGUUUUAACAUUAAUGUUGGCUGCUGUUCCAACACCGCCAAAUCUAAAGAAUUGGAGGUAA